UUUGUUUAAUUCUCUUUCAGAAAGGAACCACUUUUUCUCUCAGUUCAGUUCCUCUCUCUCUUUCUCUUCUUCUUCUUUUCUGGUUUUCCCCCUUCCUCUCAGGUUCUCAGUGUAUUAUUGGUUUUGGAGGAUUUGGGCAUUGUAGAAUCAAUGGCUCUGCUUCUUCUUUUGCUCUUGGCAGUCUCUGUUGUCACAGCUGACCAAGAUGCUUUUAUUGGUGUAAACAUUGGCACAGACCUCUCCAAUAUGCCAAGCCCGACUCAGGUGGCUGCCCUCUUGAAGGCCCAACAAAUCAGACAUGUCCGGCUCUAUGAUGCUGACCGUGCCAUGCUUAUUGCACUCGCUAACACUGGCAUUCGUGUUACAGUCUCUAUCCCAAAUGACGAGCUCCUUGGGGUGGGCCAAUCCAAUGCUACUGCUGCCAAUUGGGUGGCCCGGAAUGUUGUGGCACAUGUACCUGCCACCAACAUCACGACCAUUGCAGUUGGGUCUGAAGUCCUUACAUCCCUUCCAAAUGCUGCUCCUGUCCUAGUAAACGCCGUCAAGUUUAUUAACUCUGCUCUUGUUGCAGCCAACCUUGAUAAUCAGAUCACAGUGUCAACACCACUCUCAUCCUCAAUCAUCCUCGACUCUUUCCCACCAUCACAAGCCUUCUUCAACCGCUCCUGGGAUCCAGUCAUGGUCCCGUUGCUUAAGUUUUUGCAAUCCACGGGAUCAUCUCUCAUGCUCAAUGUCUAUCCCUAUUAUGAUUACAUGGAAUCCAAUGGUGUAAUACCGUUGGAUUAUGCACUCUUUCGCCCUCUUCCUCCGAACAAAGAAGCUGUGGAUGCAAACACACUCCUUCACUAUACCAAUGUCUUUGAUGCUGUGGUUGAUGCAGCAUACUUUGCCAUGGCAUACCUUAACUUUACUAACAUCCCAAUUGUUGUUACCGAGUCAGGCUGGCCUUCCAAGGGUGAUAAUAAUGAGCCAGAUGCUACUAUUAACAAUGCCAACACGUAUAAUAGCAACCUAAUCCGGCAUGUGCUCAACAAUACUGGGACACCCAAGCACCCUGGAGUUGCAGUUAGCACCUACAUCUAUGAGCUUUACAAUGAGGAUUUGAAACCUGGGUCACUUUCAGAGCAGAAUUGGGGUCUUUUUGAUGCCAGUGGUGUGCCUGUUUAUAUUCUGCACUUGACAGGUUCUGGAAUGGUGUUGGCAAAUGAUACUACAAAUCAGACUUUUUGCACUGCGAAGGAUGGUGUUGAUUCAAAAAUGCUUCAGGCUGCACUGGAUUGGGCAUGUGGACCUGGGAAGGUGGAUUGCUCACCUUUGUUGCAAGGAGAACCAUGCUACGAACCAGACACUGUGGCUGCUCAUGCAAGCUAUGCUUUUGACACAUAUUAUCGUCAGAUGGGAAUGGCUUCUGGGACAUGUUACUUCAAUGGUGUGGCUACAGUUACGACUACAGACCCAAGUCAUGGUUCCUGCAUAUUUCCAGGGAGUGGUGGCAGGAAUGGCACAUUCAUAAAUGGCACAACGCUUGCACCUUCUUCAAAUUCCACAGCUUCAAGUUCUGCUACACAAAGUUUCCAUGGUGGUGUUAGAAGUCCGCUGGUUAUUGGAUUUGUACUGUGGAGUGCACUUUUCUUGUGAGGAGAUUGUGCAUGGCUGUGUCUUCUCAGGUAACUGAUACCUGAAAUCAAAUUCCAUCCGAAUUUCUGGGACAGAUACUGGGAGAUGAAUUUUAUCCCAUCAGUCGGUGAACCCUGCAGCAUACCCAAUUUUGUGCCUCCGAUAAAGGAGAAGGGAGCGGCGAGGUUGUUUAAAUUCUAUAGCACGGGGUGGUUAAUUUGGUUUUGUACAAAAAAACCAAGGGAAGUUAUUUGGGUUAUUGGUGAAUCUGCUCUGCAUUAUACUUGGCUUCCACUUGUGUUGCAUUCUUUGAUUAGAUUUAUGAAUGAUCCAUCAAUGUUCAACUCUGAUUGUUAUGUAUUUUGCUCC